AAAAGCUGCAGGCCGCAUUCAGCACCGCUCCACUGACCCGCUUGCCUGAGGUUUCCCCACCGCUCGCAGACACCAUGCUGACGAUCGUCUGCCUUCUCAUCGGCGCACUGACUUAUGUCGAUGCGGCCAAAGUGGUGACCCAGACCCCGGCAGUCACGACAGUUCCUGUAGGACAACAAGUUGUAUUGGACUGCAACAUUCAAAGGGAUGAUGGCAAUAGCGUCAGGUUUUAUAAACAUAUUCCCGGAGACGCUCCUCAGUUUAUUCUGUAUUAUUACCGUACGUACUCCUCUCCUACAUUUGGAGCAGGAUUCUCCUCAAGUCGUUUUGGUGCGAAAACAUCCUCCGCCGUAAAUUACCAGUUAAUCAUUAAACAGGCAGAGGCAGGAGACUCUGCUGAGUAUUACUGUAAUACUUGGGACAGCACUGCGAAUGAAGCUGUAACACACACAAACGGAAUCGUUGUGGUAUUCGGAGGAGGAACCAAGCUGCUUGUGACAAGCGCUGACCUCCCUGCCCCCGUGGUGACAGUCUUCCCACCAGCAAGUUCCCAGCUCCAGUCCAAAGAGGCCACCCUGGUCUGCGUGGCCACUCAGUCGCUCCCGAUCGCAGACGUCACGUGGCUGGCUCGCGGCCUUCCGGCGAGAGGCGCCGUCGUGACCGGUCCCGCCGUGCGACAGGCGGACCGUACUUACAAGAUCAGCAGCUAUUUGACCGUGGAGACGUCCGACUGGGACGCGGACGCCGCUUACACCUGUAAAGUGUCUUUGGGCUCCAAGUCUGCUGAAAGCACCAUCAACAAAUCCAAGUGUGAGAUUUAGAUGGUCAGUAUUUAGUUUGCGGGCCGACCAGGCCAUACCAAUGAUGUGUUUGCGUGCUUAUAGGAAGUGUUUGCUUUCUGUCUCCUUGCUAGAAUGCUUCAGAAUUCUUCAAUAAAAACAUG